AUGGCGAUAAUUUGCAGGUCAACAACAGCAUCUCAAGAACACGAACCAAAACAAGAUCUUGAAAACGACCAAACUCCUCCACUAAUCUUCAACCCUUCUCUUCUUAACCUCCAAUCUCAAAUCCCAAACCAAUUUAUUUGGCCUGACGAAGAGAAACCUUCCAUUGAUAUUCCCGAGCUCAACGUCCCUUUCAUCGAUCUCUCAAGAAGCCAAGACUCAACUCUAGAAGCCUCUAGUCUCAUCGCGGAAGCUUGCACCAAACAUGGCUUCUUCCUCGUCGUCAACCAUGGAGUCAGCGAGUCGCUCAUAUCUGACGCUCACCGUUUCAUGGACCGUUUCUUCGACAUGCCUCUCGCCGGAAAACAGAGAGCUCAGAGAAAAGCCGGUGAGAGCUGUGGCUACGCCAGUAGCUUCACCGGAAGAUUCUCCACAAAACUCCCAUGGAAGGAGACUCUCUCUUUCAAGUAUUCCAACGAAAAUAGUGCCUCGAGAACCGUUCAAGAUUACUUCUCCGGUACAUUAGGACAAGAGUUUGAGCAAUUUGGGAAGGUGUAUCAAGACUACUGUGAAGCAAUGAGUUCUCUAUCACUCAAGAUCAUGGAGCUUCUGGGGAUAUCUUUAGGCGUAAACCGGGAGUAUUUCAGAGGAUUUUUUGAAGAGAAUGAUUCGAUAAUGAGGCUAAAUUAUUAUCCUCCUUGCCAAACACCAGAUCUCACAUUAGGUACAGGACCUCAUUGUGAUCCAAGCUCAUUGACUAUCCUUCACCAAGACCAUGUUAAUGGCCUUCAAGUCUUUGUUGACAAUCAAUGGCAAUCCAUUCUCCCUAACCCUAAGGCUUUCGUCGUCAAUAUCGGUGACACUUUCAUGGCUUUAUCGAACGGAAUGUUCAAGAGUUGCUUGCACAGAGCAGUUGUGAAUAGAGAGUGCGCGAGGAAAUCGAUGGCGUUUUUCUUGUGUCCGAAGAAAGACAAAGUGGUGAAGCCACCAAGUGAGUUUUCGAAGAAGAUGACACCAAGAAGAUACCCUGAUUUCACUUGGCCUAUGUUCCUUGAGUUUACUCAAAAACAUUACAGAGCAGAUGUCAAUACUCUCGAUUCCUUUUCAAAUUGGGUCAUCGCCAACAAAAAUCUCAUUUAA